ACCACACCACCUCCACCCCCUUCCCUCUCCGUUCGACGCCUACUCCUCUACUGCAAAUGGAACCUUCCGGAAAUAGCAAGGUGUGAACUAGCGUCUCAUUGCUUGCGCGAGUUUCACAGGGCACUGCCCGCGGCGGAGGUCUGCUCGGCGUUAUGGACGGUGGCGACAAUCUUCCUCCGUUCCUGCGCCAGCAAAGUAACAAGGUGAGUUCAAUCUCCGUGCUCUCGUGAUUACAACAAGCUCCACCUUCGUUCCUGCCUCCCACCCUCCACCAAGUCCAGACCCCCCGCUAACACCGAAUCACAGCGGAGCUUCAGCAACAUGAGCGCCUCCCACCGCACCGACUCCCUUCCUCCACGAGACGAUCACUACGAGAACGAGCACGCCGCGCGUCGACAACGCCUCUUCGACGACUUCGAGUCUGCUCUCCGCCCUUCGCAACCUCGCUAUGUCGGUGACGGCCUGGACUUCAGAAGACCGGUGAUGUCAGCGGCGCCGCAAAGUGGUGGCAGCGUGAAUGGAAACGCACGGGCGGAACACCCUCCCGCCGCUGCGGUGAUCGAUCUGACAGAGGAGGACGACACAAAUCAGGCAGCAGCGGGGGGAAGGUCGUCACGUGCAGACAGAAUACCUCGAGCCGUUCGAAACGCCGUCAUCGACCUUGGUGAUUCUGGUGACGAGGCAGAAGUGAGCACAGCAGAGCUUCCUGGCGUGGAGUACCUCGAUUUCCCUCGACAUUCAUCGCGGUCUCGGUACGCGGGGCUGAGAAGACCGGCGAGGAGGUCUCUGCCACCUGCCGAUAUGGAUGACAUUCUGUUCAUUGCUCAAAACCCUCGCCAACAGCCUUCCGCCACUUCCUCCGCAGCGCAAACGCCUCGCCCUCGACGAACUGCGACGCCACUAGCUACCAGUGCGGGCGCGGCAGAGACUAUUGAUUUGACGCUGGACAACGAUGACGAUGUCGUACAUCUGAACACCCGGCAGCGAUCGAACCUCAACAACGAGCCACCAGUCCCCGUGGGCACGCGCAAUUUUGCAGAUGUUGGCUUCGGGCACAUGGGAAACAUUGCAAACUUCCUCAGAGAAGGUGGAGUGAACAUUGGUGGAAGGCUCUUGCAAAGGAUCCAAGACUAUGCAGGAAGAGAGGAUGCCGGAAUACCCGCGGUUCAAGCACAGCCAGAGCGGGAGAGAGGGCGCCAUCUACCUGCUCCCAUUCGUCAACCUGGCCAUCACCAUCACCAUCGCACCCACGCCGGACUCCACCUGGGCGCCGUCGGAACGGCUGCUCGGAUCAUGCACGAAAUGCCGGGCUUCAUGAACUACAACAUGACUGGUUUCAACCUGGGGUUGGGCGGGAGGCAGCAUCACCACCACCAUCAUCACCACAACCAGCGACCUCCAAGUCCAAAGUACGAACCACCGCCACCCGCCGAAGCUGGAUUCACGCGCUCUCCGGGUGAAGACGACGUGCUCGUGUGUCCUAAUUGCGGGGACGAGCUGGCUGUGGGGGCCGAGGGUGCGAAGCAAGAGGUGUGGGUGGUCAAGGGUUGCGGACAUGCGUACUGCGGCGAAUGCGCACAAAAUCGAAGUCGGACGUCGCCCAAGAACAAGAAAGGCAAGGGCAAAGGGAAAGCGCCGGUGUGGGAGGAGGAUCCUUCGUUGCCACCACCAUUUAAGAAGUGUGUGGUGAAUGGGUGUGGCAAGCCGGCUUCGUCCAAGUCGAUGGUUCUGGUCUAUCUGGGAAGUUAGGAGGGUUUGGCAUAGUAAUCCGUUCGCAGCUUGGAGCCGGACGAGCCAUGAUGCCGGGAAUGUCGAUGAUGGACGAGUACAUUCGCUCGCUGUGCACGGGAAGCACGACGUGGCGGGAUUUGAUGCUCAGAGUUCUCCAUCGAGGACUACAUUACGAACACUACUUGUAUGAAAUAC